CCAUAGGGGUUUAUUCAUGUUCAUCGUCACACUCGCCCUAGUCUUCUUCGCCGCGGAGCGUUGUACGAGCAGCAGCAGCAGCGUUAGUGGCGAUCGCAGAGAUGGGGGGAUUAGAUUGGGCUCGCGAUUGACGGCAGCCGCCGCUGCCGCAUGGGUCUCUGACAAUGGAACCUUUGCUUUCGGCUUCACCCCAGCGGCGGUGGCCCCCGCCAGCGGCAGCUCUUCCGCCACCCGCCAGUUUUACCUCUCCAUUUGGUUCGCUAUGCUCCCCGGAGAUCCAACAUUGGUCUGGUCUCCUAACAAAAACUCCCCAGUGAGCAAAGAUGCAGUCUUGGAAUUGGACCCCGCCGGGAGCCUCACCCUCACCGACCGCGGCACCACCGUGUGGACUUCAAACACCUCCCACGCAGGGGUAGAAGCGGCAUCCAUGUCAGAAACAGGCAAUCUCAUCCUCCUCACCUCCAACCGAACCGUUCCUUGGCAGAGCUUCUCAUAUCCAUCCGAUACCCUCCUACCCGGUCAGCCAUUGACCGUCUCCAUGGAGCUCAUCUCAUCCUCCUCAUCUUCCCUGUCUCCUUCCAGUGGAUACUACACCCUUAAAAUGUUACAACAACCCACCUCUUUAAGCCUCGCGUUGACCUACAACAUCCCCAAAACCCUAGACUACGCGCCCGAGUUCUACUCCAAUUUCUCUUAUUGGUCUGGGCCGGAUAUUUCAAACGUGACCGGAGAUGUGAUUGCGGUUCUGGACGAGAAGGGGAGCUUUGGGAUCGUCUACGGCUCCUCCUCCAAUGGUGCUGUGUACGUGCACAAGAACGACGGUGAUGAUGAUGACGGGCUGUCCUCUGCCACCAAUCGAUCACUCAGACCGUCCCAGAACAUAUUGCGGCGAUUGGUUCUUGAGAUGAAUGGGAAUUUAAGGUUGUACAGAUGGGACAAUGAUGUUAAUGGGUCGAGCCAAUGGGUCCCGGAGUGGGCAGCGGUGUCAGAUCCUUGUGACAUCGGAGGGAUUUGCGGCAAUGGGAUAUGCACUUUGGGUAGAAGUAAGACAAAUGCUUCUUGCCGUUGCUUGCCAGGGAGUAACCAGGAGGCUAGGACUGACAACGUCCAGUGCUUCCUGAAUUCUUCCCUGACCGGAAAAUGUGACCGGAAUCACGAGAACCUGACCGGCGGUCAGUUCAAGAUGGAGACAAUGCAGCAGACCAGUUACUACUUCUCCGAGAGCUCUGUGAUCGCGAAUUACAGUGACAAUGCGACACUGUCCAAAUGCGGAAAUGCUUGUUUGUCUGACUGCGAGUGUAUAGCUUCUGUGAAUGGGAUUAGGGAGGAAAAGCCUUACUGCUGGCUACUCAAGAGUCUGGAAUUCGGGGGUUUCCAGGACCCCAGCUCGACGCUGUUUGUGAAAGUGGAGAGCAACGGCUCCUUCAACAGUACGACGACAAGGUCAAAAGGGUCACCGAAUAAGAGUGCUCGCGACAAGACUUUGGUGCUUCCCAUUGUUUUGAGCAUGAGCCUCCUGAUUGGGCUACUGUGUAGCCUAUUGUACAUCAACAUUCAUAGAAAGAGGUCACUGAAAAGAGCACUUGAAAGCUCGAUGAUUCUAUCAGGAGCCCCAAUAAACUUCACUUAUCGCGACUUGCAAUCCAAGACCAACAACUUCUCUCAUUUGCUCGGCACAGGUGGAUUUGGAAGUGUGUUCAGGGGAGCCCUGGGAGAUGGGACAUUGAUUGCAGUGAAGAAGCUUGACAAAGUUUUACCUCAUGGUGAGAAGGAAUUCAUAACAGAGGUGACCACCAUUGGCUCCAUGCAUCACAUGAACCUCGUCCGCCUUUGUGGAUUCUGCUCCGAAGGGACACGAAGGCUUUUGGUGUAUGAAUUCAUGAAAAAUGGGUCUCUGGAUAAGUGGAUCUUCCCUUCAUUCAGUAACAAAGAUAGGCUGUUAGAUUGGGAAACUCGGUUUCGUGUAGCCCUUGAGACAGCACAUGGCAUCGCGUACUUUCACGAACAAUGUAGGAACAGAAUCAUACACUGUGACAUCAAGCCAGAAAACAUCCUCCUCGACGACAACUUCUGUCCAAAAGUGUCGGAUUUCGGGCUGGCUAAACUCAUGGGCAGAGAACACUCCCAUGUUGUGACUAUGGUCCGAGGAACCAGAGGGUACGUAGCUCCGGAAUGGAUCAGCAACCGCCCCAUCACAGUGAAAGCUGAUGUUUAUAGCUAUGGUAUGCUUCUUCUCGAGAUCAUCGGCGGUCGUAGAAAUCUUGACAUGAAGUUUGAUGCAGAUGACUUCUUUUUCCCAGGAUGGGCAUACAAGGAGAUGACAAAUGGAACACCAAUGAAAGUUGUUGAUAGACGUCUACAAGGGAACGUGGAAGAAGAAGAACUAGUGAGAGCACUGAAAGUAGCAUUUUGGUGCAUACAAGACGAGGUCGGGUCGAGGCCUUCAAUGGGAGAAGUGGUGAAAAUGUUAGACGGGUCAGUAGGCAUUAACUCGCCUCCAAUGCCACAGACAGUACUGGAAUUGAUAGAAGAGGGGCUGGAUCAGGUUUACAGGGCAAUGAAGAGGGAGGAACACAACCAGUUGAGCUCCUACACCAUCACUAGCCAGCCAUCUUAUGCUACAUGUAGUUAUUCCAUAAUGUCGCCUAGAUGAUGAUGAUGUUGACAUGGCAGUAAUACAAAGACAACUAUUGU